UCUGUUUGAAAUGUCAUCUGUUUCUGUCAUUUACUUUGACACUAUUUACAAAUAUGUGAUAUUUGUUUAUCAAGUUUAUUGGGGAAUUUUCGAUCAAUUUUUUUCCGUUUUCCUCCACCAACGCCAUCGGCCACAAAAGCAGGUCGUACCCACGGUUCAGGUCUUUUCCCAUGCGACUUACUUCCCAAUCAUGGACGAUAUUGUAGGCGAUAAAAAUGCCAAGUUCAAAGAACUGUACAACCAGGAUGGGGUAUUUUUAAGACAGGCUGGUGAAAUGUAUACCCCGAUGUUUGGCUGUACGGGAUCCCUGUACCUUUGGGAACACAUUAGCGACGCAGAGAGCAAACCAGAAGUGCCUUCCCGAUUUUUAGAGUGGAGGCCACAGGACUUUGUUGAGUUGAAGACCGCUCUUGAUGAGGGCAGCGAGGAGUGGACUCUCAUCGAGAGUGUGAAGAAGCGAUGCCGAACCUCGAGCGGAAAUAUGGUUAAGGACUUCCUCAACAGCAUCGGUAAUCUGAAUGUUUGCUUUAGUAACAUCAAAAGCCUCAGAUGUUCAAAGCACGACGUUCUAACCACUUUCUACGAUGGCUCCUGUGAAUUGUUGGCCAGCUUUGUCUUUCCAACCAGCGAGUCUCGCGAGCACUUUCUCGGUACGAUACAGGCUUUUGUUCGACUGCAGCCCACACGGCGGGACAAAUCCUUAUUUAUUGUUUACGAUGCCGCUAGUCCAGGAUUUAAGGACCUGGAGAAGUCAUUCGCUGCCCUGGACCUGAAAACCGAUAGUUCAUUCUGGUCUUUGCUUAAGAACAUCAAAAGCAAUCCCUACGAGAAAAGUAUGGAGGCCUUUGCGAAAGUGACCGGAUAUGUUUACAACAGUGUUGAUGACGAAGAACAUUACAUGGCCCAAGACGAUCUCCAAAGAUCCAUCUCGGAAAUAGGCGACGAUGCUUCAGCUUACGCAGUUUACGACAUUCCCAACUGCUUGCCUAUGCGGGUGGAUUAUCCUCGAUGUAAUCCGCUCACCAGAGAACAGUGGCGAGCGCAGCUCAACGGUGAAGGGCAGCUAGAAGACGUCGAGUCGAUAAAAACUUUGAUUUUCCGUGGGGGUAUUAGUCCGGAUAUUCGUCGCGUAGUCUGGAAAUUUCUGCUCGGCUACUAUCCUUGGGAUAGCACUGAAAAAGAACGACAUGCACUUGAUAUCAGCAAAAUGGAGAGCUAUUAUAAAAUAAAGAUGCAAUGGACGACUUUCAGCAAGGAGCAAGAGGACAACUUUUCAGAUUUUUCACAAAGGAAGAGCCUAAUCGAGAAAGAUGUGAAUAGAACGGACAGGGUUCUCGAUUUUUAUGCCGGCGAGAAUAACUACAACAUAUUCAGCCUGAACAACAUUCUAUUGACUUAUCUGUUGUAUAACUUUGACUUGGGGUACGUGCAAGGAAUGAGCGAUCUUUUGUCGCCCAUUUACAUGCUACUCCGCUGCGAAGUUGAGGCUUUUUGGUGUUUCGUGGGAUUCAUGAAGCAGGUGAUGUCCAACUUUGACUACGACCAAAACGCCAUGAAGGAACAGCUGAAAAGCAUGUACUUGCUGGUCAAUUUCAUCGAUCCGCAAUUGUCCAAGUAUUUUGAGGACCACGAGUGUGCAAACAUGUACUUUUGCUUUCGGUGGCUGUUGGUCUGGUACAAGCGGGAACUUCAGCAGGAUGAGGUGGCUCGGCUUUGGGAAGUGCUCUGGACCGGUUAUCCAUGCAAGAACUUCCAUCUACUGAUCGGUGUGGCCAUUCUGGAACAUGAGCGCGAUGCUUUGAUGGGGGACAACAACGGUUUCACGGAGAUUUUAAAAUUCAUCAACGAACUGACUGGAAAGCUGGACAUUAAUCUGAUGAUCAACCAUGCAGAGGGGAUUUAUCAUCAGAUUAAAGACGCCGACCAUUUGACUGAUGCGGUUAGGAAUAUUCUGGGUAUUCCGGUGGCUGAAGCAUCUGGUGACGGGAAAAAAUCAACCAAUAUCUGAAUCGCUUUCCAGGUUUGCAGUCUAAGCCGGAAGACGAUGGGUCACCCCGAAAAGGCGUAAGCGAGCCUGACGAGAUCGAAUUCGAGAAAUCCAUCUACUCGAACUUUUUGUAAUCGUCAACUGGAAGACUGGUAUUUUUAUUUAGGCCUUAAGAUUAAUUUGUAUUGAAAGUUUAUGAAUAGUAAUGUUUCCCCAUUGGUCAAUUAUUUAGGGAUUUAUUGUAAACUUCGGGAUGCAACCCACAGGAUUUUCCGAGACUUCUGUCCAUUGUGAGUACGUGAGAAUGUCCUUUAUUUUAUAGGAAAUAAACAGUCCAAUUCAUGCAGUUGAUUUGUCUCCUCUUGAGGAAACCGCAACAGCAUGACUUGAAUUGGUGAAAUUAAACAGGACAUUUUGCAGUAUUUCGCUCUUGUAUUGUACCAUUUUAUUGCCAUUUUAUUUGUUGUAUUUAUCAGAAUACUUCUAGUGCAACUAUAUGAUAUAGUUUUUAUCUGUAUGUAUUAUCUGUCUCAUAUUUUAUUAUCUCCCAAUACUUGAAUUUGUAUUUGAUUGAUGAUUGAUUAUAGUGGUUUAAUUCACACCGUGUACCUAGUGAGAGCGUAUUAUAUACAAGUUAUCAAUAA